UAUUUUUGAGAUACCAGCUGAUCUCAAAGCGUAGAGCUCGGAGAUACACUACUCACAAUGCAGGCAGCCGAAACUGAGCCCAAGCGUACCAAGAGUUAUAUUUAUGAGGUAUACCGACUUUUAGAGGAAAAGCCAGGGGUUGAAGAAAUAUUAAUCAUGAAUCGUUCCGGUGUGCCGAUCAAAACGUCAAUGGAACGCCAAGACGCACUUCAACAUGCCUGUCUUUAUGAGAAUUUGCGUGAAAAGUGUCAGGCAUUUCUAUCAAAAAUGGAGCCACCACAGCUCCUGACCAUGUUGCGAGUCCGUACCAGAUUCCACGAGGUCCUGCUAACACCUGAUGGCAAGUGCAAAAUCCAAAGGAUACACAUCUUAAGGUUGAGGAUCUAAAUCGUCAUUCCUCCAAUUUUUAAAUAAUUGCUCCUACAUAUAUCUACGUUGUUAGUCAUCCAACUUCUUACACGUAAAACAUUCUUCUCACUUUGUACACAGCCCAAACACAACAAACUGUUCAUUUAUGUGACUACCUGAAUAUAAAUUCAAUCAAAUAAGUAAUAAAUAGUCCUCAGAGCUUCAGCUUAAAAA